UCAUUCUUCUUCUUCUUCUUCUUCUUUUUGUUCAUCCAUGCAUAAUGACACAGAAGAAAAAGAUGGAUCUGAAACCGAAACCCUCAAACAAAUCUUCGAUCCGUUUUCUUCUUUUCCACGUAUAGCAACUGUGAAACCUAAUUUCUCCACUCUUCCGAUGAAACGCACGGUUCGGCCUCUCUUCGCGCUCCUCCUCCUCCUAGUCUUCGCCGCCACGCUCACUUCACGCGUGGUCCUCCGCCGCGGCAUUCUCUCCAUCGAGCUCGAGUACCGCGUCCGGAUCGGCAACCCUCCGCCGCCGCAGCUCAACGACACGCUCCUACACCACGCCGCGGUGGAAAUCGGCGAGGAGAAGUUCAAACAGGAGAUCCAGAACCUCCUCGACGGAAACUUCGGCAGCCAUGCGCGGCACCGUACAUUCGUCUCCUGGCGUAGAUUUAUUCACCACGACCGCGGCGGAACCUCCGCCAACAUCCCGGCGACGCUCCGGUCGCCCCUUUUCUACCGGUACUGGCUCGACUUCCGGAAGGUUCUGCAUGAUUGGUUCAGGAAGCGACGAUUCCAACCCGGUAUUAUGUCCGAGUUGACUCGGUCACUCAAGCUUCCUAUUGAUUCACACAACAAAGUAGUAACCGAUGGCAAAAAUAGAUAUUCUUCUUGUGCUGUUGUUGGGAACAGUGGGAUUUUGCUGAAUAGGGAUUAUGGAAGUGAAAUUGAUGCACAUGAGGUUGUGAUAAGGUUGAACAAUGCUAGGGUUGAUCACUUUGAAACCAAGGUUGGGAAGAAAACUAGCAUUUCAUUUAUGAAUAGUAACAUUCUACAUUUGUGUGCUAGAAGAGCUGGGUGUUUUUGUCAUCCUUAUGGUGACCACGUUCCGAUUGUCAUGUAUAUUUGCCAGGCCGUGCAUUUCUUGGAUUACACUGCGUGUAAUGCUUCUCACAAGGCUCCUUUAUUGGUCACUGAUCCUAGGUUUGAUGUGUUGUGUGCGAGGAUUGUGAAGUAUUAUUCCUUGAAGAGGUUCGUGGAAGAGAGUGGGAAGGGCUUGGAGAAGUGGGGUGAGGAUCACGAUGGGGCUCUUUUUCAUUACUCUUCUGGGAUGCAAGCUGUGAUGCUGGCUUUGGGUAUUUGUGAUAGGGUUAGCAUUUUUGGGUUUGGAAAAUCGGCUUCUGCCAAGCAUCAUUACCACACUAACCAGAAGGCUGAGCUUCAUUUGCAUGAUUAUGAGGCUGAGUAUGCGUUUUACAGGGACCUUGUUGAUGGACACAGGCCAAUUCCCUUCCUUGAGGACAGGUUUAAGGUUCCUCCUGUUGUUAUGUAUCAUUGA